CAGGGGUGACAGCCCCGUCCCGGUGUGACAGCCCCGUCCCGGUGUCCCCGGUGUGACACAGCCCUGUCCCGGUGUGACACAGCCCUGUCCCGGGUGACACAGCCCCGUCCCGGUGUGACACAGCCCUGUCCCGGUGUGACACAGCCCUGUCCCGGUGUCCCCGGUGUGACACAGCCCUGUCCCGGGGUGACACAGCCCCGUCCGGGUGUGACAGCCCCGUCCCGGUGUGACAGCCCCAUCCCGGUGUCCCCGGUGUGACACAGCCCUGUCCCGGGGUGACACAGCCCCGUCCCGGUGUGACAGCCCCGUCCCGGUGUCCCCGGUGACGUCACGCGCUCCCCCCGGCAGUGUCACCCCCGCGGGUGACAGCGCCCACGUGGCCGCCGCCGGCCUUGUCCCCACCUGGUGGCACCGAGGCUCUCGGGGUCGCUCUCGGUGCUGGGGGGCUCCGGCCGCGCCUCCCGCCCGCGCCACGUCCUGACCCGGCCUUGUCCCCUCCGCGCCCGCCGGCCGCUGUCCCCACCCCCCCCGGGUGACCCUGUCCCUCCCGGGGCCACCUCCGGGGCCACCUCCAGGGCCACCCCCGGGCCACUCCAGGGCCACCAAGAGGGGGAGGUUUAUAUUUAGCGCGGCCGAUCGGGUUUCGGGCGGGCGCGGUGACAUGGAGGUGGCGGUGCCACCCCGCGAGGGGGGCCCGGUGGCCCCGGGGACCGUGCUGGCGCUGUGGCCACCGGUGGCCCCCAGCAGGCGGCCCAAGAAAUCGGCCGUGCUCUUCUUCGAGGUGGAGAUCCUGGACGCCCGCACGCGGGACAAGCUCUGCUUCCUCGACAAGGUGGAGCCUCAGGCCACCGUGGCCGACAUCAAGAACCUGUUCAGCAAAGCCCAUCCCCAGUGGUACCCGGCGAGGCAGUCACUGCGCCUGGACCCCAAGGGUCGCUCGCUGAAGGACGAGGAUGUGCUGCAGUCGCUGCCCGUGGGCACCACGGCCACGCUCUACUUCCGGGACCUGGGGGCGCAGAUCAGCUGGGUCACGGUGUUCCUGACGGAGUACGCGGGUCCCCUGCUCAUUUAUCUGCUCUUCUACUUCCGGGUCCCGUUCCUGUACGGGCCCCGCUACGACUUCACCGCCAGCCGGCACCGCGUGGUCCAGGUCCAGGUGCCCCCCCAGGUGUCCCCUGUGACCCCGCCCUGCUCCCCCCAGUUCUGCCAGCUCGGGAACUUCUCCAUCCACGUGGCCCUGCGGAACCUGCGCCCCGCAGGCUCCAAGACACGGAAGAUCCCGUACCCCACCCGCAACCCCUUCACGUGGCUGUUCCUGCUCGUGUCCUGCCCCAACUACACCUACGAGGUCGGGUCCUGGAUCGGUUUCACCAUCAUGACCCAGUGUCUGCCCGUGGCCCUGUUCUCGCUGGUGGGCUUCGUGCAGAUGGCGAUCUGGGCGCAGGGCAAGCACCGCAGCUACCUCCGGGAAUUCCGGGAUUACCCUCCCCUGCGCUCGCCCAUCAUCCCCUUCCUGCUGUGACACCCGGGCCACCGGGGCCACCUGCUGUCCCCUCCCUGCUGGGACACCGGGGCCACCUGCUGUCACCUCCCUGCUGGGACACCUGGGUCACCCCCUGUCCCCUUCCUGCUGUGACACCGGGGCCACCCACUGUCCCCUCCCUGCUGGGACACCGGGGCCACCUGCUGUCCCCUCCCUGCUGGGACACCCGGGUCACCUGGGACACCCCUCGUCCCUGCUGUGACACCCGGGCCACCCGCUGUCCCCUUCCUGCUGUGACACCAGGGCCACCUGCUGUCCCCUCCCUGCUGUGACACCUGGGUCACCCCCUGUCCCUGCUGUAACACCCGGGUCAGCCCCUGUCCCCUCCCUGCUGACACCCAGGUCAGCCCCUGUCCCCUCCCUGCUGUCACACCAGGGACAGCCCUUGGGGACACUGGGAACACCCUGAUCUGUCCCCGUCAGUCCUGCCCUGAGCCUUGGGGACAGCGUGGGGACAGGGGAUACAGGCCCGUUGUCACCCCGGUGCUCACAGCAGGACACACAUUGGGGAAUGUGGCCCCUCUGUCCCUUGUCACCUCCAGGGUGCCACCCCCGUGUCCCCUCCCCGGUGGCAGUGUCCCCAGCAGGGCUGGCCCAGACCCAGGGACAGCAGUGGUGACCAAAGCCACCCCUGGUGACAAUGUGCUGUCACCCACAAGUGGCUGGUGACCACAGCCCAGCGUCACCGUGUCCCCCGUCCCCACAGGUGACAAUAAAAGCCAUCCCCCACC